GGGCAGGUUUGGGGGUUCAGGGGUCUCAGCCCGUGCCCCCCGUGCCCCCAGGCAGUGGAGCGGGUGCUGUACCCCCACCUCCCCACGUACUGGCCCAACCUCCAGGCCGUGCUGGACGAUUACUCCGUGUCCAACGCCCAGGUCAAGGCUGACGGCCACAAAGUCUACGGCGCCAUCCUGGUCGCCGUGGAGCGGCUGCUGAAAGCCAAGGCUCAGCAAGCCCCGGGAUUUGGGGGUCCCGAGGGGUCUCCCCGGCACAGCCCCCCCGGCCAGGACCCCCCCCCCGAGCCGGGCUCGGGCCGCCCGGUGUUACCGGGGGGCGGCGCGGCCGCUCCUUCCUCUUCUUCAUCCUCCUCCUCCUCCUCCUCGCCGUCGCUGCGGGACAUGUACCGCGAGCUCUACGACUUCUUCGGGGACAGCCUCGCCGCCCGCUUCGGCACCGGCACCCCCGCCGACCCCCCGAGCCCCCCGGGCGCGGCCGAGGGCGCCCGCAAGGAGCCCCCGGCCGAAGGAGCCGCCCGCAAAAUGCCCCAGCUGACCAACGCCACGGUCAGCCCGAGGGAC